CCAUUUAUUCCUUUUUAUUUGAUCGAACCAUGUAUAUAAGCACCCCCUAUAUCCAACACAUUCGCUCACCACCAUUUUCCUGAUUUUCUUCUUCUUGGCUUUGAUCACCUUCAACUCUCUUUGAAUCCCUUUCAGUUUCCACUCCGAAGAAAACAUGAGUAGACCAGGAGACUGGAACUGCAGGUCAUGCCAGCACCUGAACUUCCAGAGACGUGACUCGUGCCAGCGCUGUGGGGAAUCGAGGUCUGGAGGUGACUUUGGAGGUUAUGGUGGGCGAGGUGGGUCAUCAUUUGGGUUCACCGGGUCAGACGUUCGUCCCGGUGAUUGGUACUGCACUGCCGGGAACUGUGGGGCUCACAACUUUGCUAGCCGCUCAAGUUGCUUUAAAUGUGGUGUGUACAAGGAUGAUUCUGCUGGGGGCUUUGACUCUGACAUUCCUCGCUCUAGAGGCUUCGGCAGUGGCAGCAAUCGGUCUGGAUGGAAAUCUGGCGAUUGGAUCUGCACCAGGUGGGGAUGCAAUGAACACAAUUUUGCAAGCAGAAUGGAGUGUUUCAAAUGCAAUGCCCCUAGAGACCUUAGUAACAGAACUUCAUACUAGACACGUUUAAUGUUUUCUCCAUUACUGGGAAUUGCAGCAACCAAGAGAGACAAUAUUAAUUAAAGAAUGUUACUACUUUUUUUCUUUUUAUUAUUUCUUUUGGGUGUUAGGUUCUUGAGGUGUAAACAUGGUUUAAAGCCCAUGUUCAUCAGUUAAAGCAAUGUGUGACCCCUUUGGCAAUUUUUGAGGCUUCCCAUAAGAAGUAUAUCAUUGUACUUGUGGUGCUUUGAUCUACAAUAUAUACUUUUGUAGCCAUGUGGGGAAGAAAUCUACUACCCAAUAUUUCCCUUUUGUUUUUAAAGACUUUAUUUUAUUGUAAUGAUGCAUGGUUUUCUCAAAAGAAGAUGAUUCUCCUCU